ACCGUGCGGCUGACUGAGUGGUUUUAAUUUAAAAUCGAUAAAUUGUCGAUUGGAUAGUGAUAUAAAAUAGAAUACUUAAAGCGGACAAGAUGGGCUUUCUGGAGGAGAGGGACUUGGAGGGCGUGUGUACGAUACCGGAGUACUUCAGAGGGAAGACCAUCUUCAUUACUGGUGGUUCAGGUUUCAUGGGCAAGGUUUUGCUGGAGAAGCUGCUGUACUCAUGCUCUGAUCUCGAGAGGGUCUACCUGCUGCUGCGCGACAAAAAGGGAGUGAAGGCGGAGGAGAGGCUGAAACAGCUGUAUGCGUCCAGGUGCUUCGACCGUCUUCGGCGGGAGAGGGCGGGGCUGUUCGAGCAGAAGGUGUUCUACAUCGGCGGUGACGUCACACAGCUGGGGCUCGGCAUGUCGGAGGAGGACAGAACUCUCCUGGUCAACCGGACACACAUUAUAUACCACGUUGCCGCAUGUGUCAGAUUUGACGACCCACUGAAGGAGGCUGUGAAGCUUAACCUCCGAGGGACCAGAGAAAUAGUGGAGUUAGCGAAGGAUGUUAUGAAUCUUGAGGCGCUGGUCCACGUGUCGACGUCAUACGCGAACACCAACAGAGCACAGAUCGACGAGGUGGUGUACCCGCCGUUCGCGGACUGGCGGCAGACGCUAGAUAUCUGCGACCGGCUCGAUGAUGACACGCUCAACGUGCUCACUGCCAAGUACCUGGGCGAGCUGCCUAACACGUACGUGUUCACUAAGCAGCUCGCAGAGCACGUGGUGUACGAGCAACGAGGCCAGCUGCCCGUUGUGAUAGUGCGACCAUCGAUAGUAAUAUCGAGUAUCGAGGAGCCGGCGCCGGGCUGGGUGGAGAACCUCAACGGCCCCGUCGGCAUGUUGGUCGCUAGCGGGAAAGGUAUCCUGCGCAGCAUGUACACGCACCCCGACCUGGUGUCGGACUACAUCCCCGUGGACAGCGCGAUACAGGCCUUCGUCGCCGCCGCCUGGAUACGCGGGACCAAGAAACUGGAGCCGUCCGACGACGUGGAGGUGUACAACUGUUCCACCAGCCACAUGAAGACGAUGACGAUGGGCGAAAUCAUCGAGUGCGGCAAACAGCUGAUACAGGAGGUGCCGCUGGAGGGGGGGCUGUGGUUCCCGGGGGGCGGCCUGACCACGUCCAGGACGGUGUUCUUCAUCAAUGUCAUAUUCCUGCAUCUUCUGCCGGCUGUCUUAGUGGACAUCCUGCUUAGACUAUUAGGGCAAAAACCAAUGCUAGUGAAACUCCAAAGGCGAAUAUUCUCAGCGAACUUAGCGCUUCAGUACUACAUAACUCAGGCGUGGAUAUUCCUCAACCACAAUCUUCUGCAGCUCCGAAGCAGAAUUAAAGAGGAAGAUCGAGCCGCGUUUUACUAUGAUCUAGAAAACUUCGACCAGAAGGAAUACUUUAGGAAUGCAAUUAUGGGCGGUAAAGUUUAUAUUCUGCAGGAGAAGAUGGAGGACUUACCGAAAGCGAAGGCGCAUAUAACAAGGAUGAAAAUAGUGGACAGAGUUGUGAAGGUGAUAUUCUACGGUUUGGUGCUAUGGGUGGUGUACAGACUGGACUUCACUCAGAACCUUAUUAAUUAUUUCACUUAUAAUUUUAUUCUGUAAUUUAAGUCCUUAAAAUUAUCGUUAUUUGUAAAAAUAAGUAGUAAAUGUCU